GCCCCCGCCGGGCGGCCGGGGCGGGGAGCCGGCACGGCGCGCCGCUCGCAGCAUCAUCCGCGGCUGCGGGGCUGACACACGCCUCCAUCCUCCUCUCCCCCGGCAGCCGCUCGCACACGCCUCGCCGCGGCGAGGGAGGCCAGCGGGCGGAGCGGAGCGGGGGGCGCCGCGGCAGACAAAGCAAAGAUGGCAGGGAUCCUCGCCUGGUUCUGGAACGAGCGGUUCUGGCUGCCGCACAACGUCACCUGGGCGGACCUGCAGAGCACGGAGGAAGCCGCCUUCCCCCAGGCGGAGGACCUCUACCUCGCCUUCCCCCUGGCCUUCUGCAUCUUCAUGAUCCGGCUGCUCUUCGAAAGGUUCAUUGCUAAACCGUGUGCCUUAGGCCUUAAAGUCCAAGCCAAUGGACCACAGAAAGCUCAACCUAAUGCUAUCCUGGAAAAAGUUUUCACAGCUAUUACAAAGCAUCCAGAUGAGAAGAGGCUGGAGGGCCUCUCCAAGCAGCUGGACUGGGAUGUGCGCAGCAUUCAACGUUGGUUUCGACAAAGACGCAACCAGGAAAAGCCCAGUACUCUUACCAAGUUCUGUGAGAGCAUGUGGAGAUUUACAUUUUACCUUUAUAUAUUUACCUAUGGAGUACGGUUCCUGAAAAAGACACCCUGGCUCUGGAAUACCAGACAGUGCUGGAAUGGGUAUCCAUAUCAGCCACUGAUGCCUGACCUUCAUUAUUACUACAUAGUUGAAUUGUCAUUCUACUGGUCCUUAAUGUUUUCUCAAUUCAUUGACAUCAAAAGAAAGGAUUUUGGCAUCAUGUUUACACAUCACAUUGUAACAGUCACCCUGAUAACCUUCUCAUAUGUAACCAAUUUGACACGAGUGGGAACCUUGACCUUAUGUCUCCAUGAUGCGGCUGAUGUUGUCCUAGAGGCUGCCAAAAUGGCAAACUAUUGCAAGUGUCAAAAACUGAGUGACCUUCUGUUCCUUACAUUUGCCAUUGUCUUCAUUGUCAGUAGGCUUGGCAUAUAUCCCUUAUGGAUAUUAAACACAACACUGUUUGAACUAUAUGAAGCUCUGGGCAAUUUUCCUGCCUUGUGGGUCUUCAAUGUGCUGCUUGUGAUUCUUCAAGUUCUGCACUGGUUUUGGUCUUACCUAAUCAUAAAGGCAGCCUACAAAGCUAUUUCAAAGGGCAAGGCUGGGAAGUGGAACCCCUUGCAUGUAGCAAAGGAUGACCGAAGUGACAUUGAGUCAAGCUCAGAUGAGGAAGAAACAGUACCUCGUUCAAAGACCCCACACAGCACUAUCACCACUAAUGGGACCGGUGGUGCCAACGGGACAAAUGGGUAUCUUACUGGUGGCACUUGCUCAGAGGAGCAUUAAUCCUUGAGUUCAAUCAUGAGACACGAACAGAAUGAACUGUUUGCUACUGGAAGUAAAUUAUAAGUUGUGAAUGCAGUUUCUUCAUAUAUCUCAGCAUCAGAAAAAAUUAGGAGUAUCAAAGCAUUCUGAUAGUGCACUGCCAUAUUUCCUGUUUGUGAAUGAAGACAACACACCAUUCUGUAUACGUAGGCAUGCUGUAUGUGUAUGUAACUGACACAAUGGGAGCAGUAUUUUCACUUGUACUGUCUUUGAAGUAUUAUUUAUUUUGUGUUCUUUUGGGAACUUCUGUACAAAAGGGAAUGUCCAUUCUCAAACUUUAUCUCUUGGGAUUCUCAGUGGUGGAGAGCAUCGCGCUCAGAUCUCUUCUGUCCAUCCCUGUUGCUUUUGCUGAGUCUGCUAUAAGUAAUAGUUGCUUGAUUUGUUACUUACAGUAAGAUAGAACAUAGCUUUAUAGAUUCUAGAUCUGCUUCAGAUAUUUUUGCUAUCUUUGUGUUUUAAAGUGCUGGUUUUGAAAUUGCCUAUCAAAUCACAGUGGCCGUUCCUUCAACAUAAAUUUUUAAAACAC